CCGGUGCUGAAUAAAAUGAACGAGGAGGCGGUGGGUUAUGAUGAAGGCAAUUAUACUUUUUGCGCGAACACUAAAACAUUGUCGCAAAAACUCUUCGGGGCAUAUUAAUAAAACAAAAGCUCUAAGACAUUAAUAUCGGAAUAUCAACGACGAUCCCCUUAUAGAGUCUAUUCUCUGCGGCCUCUAAAUAGAUGAGACAAGAAGAUCUUGUCUUCCGAACAAGGUAAUGGACAGGAUAAUUAUGCGCAACGAUGUGCAACAAUAGCGGCGCGAGCUUACCGCUCGGUCUAUGGCAUAAUAAGCGCCGGCGUAUUUUGAUCAGAAGGCAACAAGUAGCAGGGCGGGCGAGGCGGGGAGGACGGAGGGUCGCGGCCCGUGCUUGCGCGCGCGCCGGGCACGCGCCCCACCGCUCGCCGCGCCGCCGCGCGCGCGCUACUUAGCGUCGGGGGUGCGCGCCGCCUCCGCCAAUCCACCGGCAACCUCCGCGACGCACGCACACGUGCUCUCAUUCGACAUACUACGAAAAUAAUCAAACACGCGAUGCCUAUGGCGGCGAUUCACACUUACCAAAAUCUCGGUGUGAACCAGAAGCUUACGCAACUGCAGACGGCCGCACCGAGGAGGCUGGCACCUGCUCCUGUAGAUCCCGCACGAUGCAAGAAGAAGUCAUCUUAUCUUCAUCAGCCCUACCCUUCCCAGCCCGCAUCAGUGGCUAGGAGAAACGCCCGGGAACGGAACAGAGUAAAGCAAGUCAACAACGGGUUCGCUGCGCUUCGUCAGCACAUUCCGUCAGCUGUUUCAGCCGCCCUGGCUGGAGGCAGAGGGGCAUCACGGAAGUUGAGCAAAGUUGACACGCUGAGGCUGGCCGUCGAAUAUAUUAAAAGUUUGAAGCGCUUGUUAGAAGAAAGUGAAGAAGGAUGCUCCGACAUGCAGAUUGGUCUGGGGCUUACAAGCAGUGGGGCGCACACACCGCCAUCGUCCGAGGAGUCGCGGUCGCCGGCUCCGUCCCUGGUGUCGGAGAGCUCGACGCCGAACUGUCACGACGCCUACGACUCCUACGAACCCAUGAGCCCUGAAGAUGAAGAGUUGCUUGAUGUCAUAUCGUGGUGGCAGCAACAGUGACAAGAGGAACCGUGCAUUACGGUGAUCAAAGUAUGGCCAUUGAGCGGCCCGGUGAUUGUGAAAAAACGAGUAUUCGCUUGAAGAGCGACCCGAGCGCUGGAGCGCAAGGGACUCCGAGAGAACCUCUAAUUAAGCGCAAUCAGUAUAUUCCUAAUGAGAGGGGAUAAUGGUGGACUAUAACGACCCCAUCGAUGCAUUCCGCCGAGCGCCGCGCGCGCCGACUACUUUUCAUGCCUCCAUGAAAUGUACCGCCAAGACUGAAUCGAUCAUAUGUUCCACAUGAAGCAUUUAGUUAACUUGUAUAUAAGUGAUCGCUGUGCCUUAGUUUAGCCUUAAAUAAUUACCUAAUUUACUUCCAGUAAGACUUAGUUUAGAUAUUAUUAUUGUUAUCUAGUCAUUAUAUAUAAGAAUAUUUUUAUGGCAGGCAUGUUCUCUUUAGCUAUAGGGAGCGUGUCAAAAUUUUUGAAAUAGCUACACUAUAGAUAUUUCCUUUACAAGACAUCUAGGAAACAACAUAUUUCCUUAUUUUAUUGUGAGACAAAGACUUCUCGUAUAUAUAAAUCUAGUACCCUAAGACAGAUUCCUAAUAUUUUAAGUUGUACGCUAAAUAAACAGUACAAUAUUGUUCAUAGUUAAAACAAAAUAUGCCGGUUACUUACCUAUUCAGGUAGUUUCUGUAAGAAAAUAAAGCAUAACUCAUAUA